CUUAUAUCGUCAUUUUAACUAUCAAAUUUUAUAGUGUAGAUUAGAUUGUUUUUGUGUGUUAUAGACAAUAGUUUGUUAACUUUUUUGGUUUCAUUAUAGGUUUCAAUUAAAGAAGGUUAUUUACUUAAGCAUACGUGUUCAUUACAAAGGUGGAGAAGAAGGUAUUUCAAACUAAAGGGUAGAAAAUUGUAUUACGCCAAAAAUACAAAGGCUGUGAUUUUCGAUGAAAUCGAAUUGGCCGAUCUCUCUUUAGCUGAAUGUUCGACGAAAAACGCGAAUCACAGUUUCCAGGUUAUAACCCCUUUCCGAUCCCUAAUACUUUGCUGUGAAUCGAGACGUGAAAUGGAGGAUUGGCUUGGAGCUCUGUCUUCGGCCUCCCAGCGUCGAUAUAAUGACAUGGAACCUGAUCUUCUGUCAGGACGACACCAUUGGUACGCGACGUCGCACGCCCGACCGACAUACUGUAACGUGUGUCGAGACGCACUCAGCGGUGUCACCAGCCACGGAUUAUCAUGCGAAAUAUGCAAAUGCAAAGCGCAUAAACGUUGCGCAGCCAAAGCCAUCAAUAACUGCAAAUGGACUACUCUGGCAUCUGUAGGACACGAUAUUACAGAAGACGAAGACGGGAACAUAAUGAUGCCCCAUCAAUGGAUGGAAGGUAAUCUGCCGGUUUCCGCUAAAUGCGCAGUUUGCGAAAAAAAUUGCGGGUCCGUACUUAGAUUACAAGAUUGGCGAUGUUUGUGGUGUAGAACCACCGUACACACACAAUGCAGGCCUAAUAUUAAUCGAGGGUGUCCUUUAGGUCCUGCUCGUGUUAGUGUAGUACCUCCAACGUCAUUACAUUCCAUUCAAGAUGAAGCUUGGGAAGCAGUCAGACCACAAGCUUCUUCUCCCCUUUUAGUUUUCGUAAAUUCUAAAUCAGGUGAUAAUCAAGGCGUAAAAUUCCUUCGAAAAUUCAAGCAGCUGCUUAAUCCCGCACAAGUUUUUGAUCUCAUUUCUACUGGUCCGCGUUUGGGCCUUAAAUUGUUCAGACAUUUCGAUCCAUUCCGUAUUUUAGUAUGUAGUGGGGAUGGUUCUGUUGGUUGGGUGCUUUCCGAAAUCGAUAAAUUAGAUAUGCACAAACAGUGCCAAGUAGCAGUAUUACCUUUAGGUACGGGCAAUGAUUUAGCUAGAGUAUUAGGUUGGGGAGCUUCCUGUGAUGACGAUACCCAUUUACCACAACUUUUGGACAAAUAUGAAAAAGCUAGUACCAAAAUGUUGGAUAGGUGGAGUAUUAUGGCGUUCGAACGCACAAUAGCCAUGCCAAAGUUAUCGUUAACUCCUGGUAUUCCAGAAGGACAAUUACAUAGCCAAAUUAGCCAAUACGAAGAUUCUUUAGUAGGAAAUCUGCAGAAUAUACUACAAUCUGAUGAUACUUCAGUUAUUUUGAACUCGUCUAAACGUCUAUGCGAAACUGUUAAGGAUUUCGCUUCGCAACUGAUGGAGAGUUCAAUUAUGCAAGGAGACGAACAGCUGGCCAAAAAGUGUGAUAUUUUACAUCAAAAAUUGGAAUCGUUGUUGAAGACGUUGACUAGCGAACAAGUAGACGCGACCACGGUGUCAACUCAAUAUUACGAUGAAUCGCAAGGACCUGGUAAAUCGACUGAGGAUACCGAUAGCGAAAUAUCCUUCGAUAAAGCCAAAACUGAUAAAGUCGAAAAGGAUCUCAAUAAUUUUAAUUUCAGAAAACAUCGAAGAACAUCAAGAUUCAUGGAACGUGAAAAGGACGCGUUAUUACAUCGAGCGAAUAGCCUGAAGAGGGCUAUUCGAAAUCUAGUGGAACACACUGAACAAGUGGUCGACGAACAGAAUAAGCAAUCUGCGGAGGCGAUACCGACAGUCAAAAUAUCCAUGAGUGGUGAUUUGGAUAAAGUCGGAUCUCCAACUACUACAAACAAAAGGGAUUCCUUGAAACCCAUGUCGAUAAUCGAAUCGGGUGGUAGCACCGAUAUCAGUUCCUGUCCAUCCCCUACGAGUUCAAUAGUAACGGCUAGAUUGGCAAAUAUUUCUCCGAUGCCAGACGUAAGAAGAGACUCGACUUUCGGCGUCGAAGAAUCGGAUUUAUUGACGUUACCGGUACCCGAAGGGUUCGCAGACAGUCGAAGAGCCAGCCAAGUACAACAACAACAGAAUUGGGAAUCCAGCACCGAUAAAAUUCUCGUUGAAACGGCGACGUCGUUGAUGAAAAUCGAAAUGGAACAGAAUACGAUCGAAGAAGAAGGAGAAAAAGAAGACAAAGAAUCGAAUGCGAAAUUAAUCGAUGCGAAACCGGUAGAGGACGACGAAAAAGAAUCUAGCAGCAUCCUAUCGGCGAUAUCUAACGAAGAAGUGAGCAUAACGUCAGAAAUAUUGGAUCAAAAAUCGUUUGCGCCGCGCAAGGGCAGCGACGGGGACGAUUUGAACGGUCACAUUUGCCACAUAGAUUCACCAGAAACCGAUACGUACCAUUCCACGUCGGACGUCAUCCAUGGUGAGUCUUUAAUGGAUGAUAUUAGUUCCAUGUUAGGUGAAGUUAAUGGAUACGGGCUGGAUAGUAUCGAUAAUACAUACACUGACGAUACGACGUUGUUUCCGAGCGAUUUAGAACGUAAAAUGAGUUUAAAACGAAAUUCAUUGGAAAGAAAACUUCGCGUUUCCAGACAAAAAGAUUCAAACCUAGAUGAAGACGCGCAAUUCGGUUUCGAAAAUAAGGCGUUCAUGCCCCAACACGGUUACUUAGAUAAUAAAACUGAAUCCGAACCACCUCGAUAUUGCAGUCUCGCCAAAUUCGUCGAAGGUAACGACAUCGCUAGGAGAUCCUUCAAACGACACACAUCGUCAAUAAAAAAAUCAAAAUGCGAAUCAACAGUCACGCAACAAAUCACUUUAAUCGAAGAAUCCGAAAUAUUAUCGCCGAGCCUUCACGAUAGCCAGAACAAUUUAAACACGAUACACAAGAUAUCAUCGAACCAUACCUUCAACGUCAUAAUCAUGGAUAAAUUUAAGGAAAUUUCCAACGAUUUAGAACGAAAUGGAAACGAAGAUGCACGAGAUAAAGAAUCCGAAAUAAAAGAUAACGAAAACGAGAAGGAUAAUUUAGGCGGUAAAGAAAAAGAAAUACUUGAAAACGGCGAUGAAAAAGAAGAAUGGCGUAAAUUUCCCCAAGUAAGCGUAAUAGUAGAACCCCCAUCUCCCGUCCUCACCGAGCAGAUGCGCUCGGAACGCAUGGGGCACAUCCGUAUAGAAAUCGAAGGCGAUGUAGAUCCGGAAUUAGAGAUGCUUUGUUCGAAGGCGGAUCGUCUGACGGAGAAAUCAACGAGCAACGCCAGUUCAAAUUCAAAUUUGUUGGGCGUGAAUCCGGAACAUUUCCUCGUCAGAUCUCCGGCGGCGACCAGAAGAAUUUCUUGUUGCAGCAUGUUGAAUCCGACGGAAUCGGCCGCUUUGGCAGCCGCCGCAAAUACGAGCAAGUUCUACGAAGCCGCCGCGGAGAAGAAAGAUCCCGAUAAAAAAGAAGAAAAAGAGAAGAAACUACCGAUAAUUAAUCCUUUAGUUAGACUACCUACUUGGCCAGAUGUUAAUUCUGGCGGAGGGUUCAUCAGUAAAUGUCUGUUAGCUAACGCAGACACUCUAUGCGCAGCCGUUAGUCCCCUUAUCGAUCCCGAUGAAACACUCUCCGAGGGUUUCUACGAACGCUGCGUCAUGAACAACUAUUUUGGUAUCGGCAUCGACGCUAAAAUUUCCCUAGAUUUUCAUCAAAAAAGAGAAGAACACCCAGAAAAAUGUCGAUCAAGGGCUAAAAAUUACAUGUGGUACGGCGUACUCGGCAGCAAACAGCUCAUACAAAAAACUUACAAAAAUUUAGAACAGAGGGUUCAAAUUGAAUGUGACGGACAAAGAAUUCCGCUUCCUAGUCUACAAGGCAUCGUCAUAUUAAACAUCCCUAGUUUCAUGGGUGGAAUUAAUUUCUGGGGUACUAGAAGAGACGGCGAUAUAUUUUUAACGCCUUCGUUCGACGAUAAAAUACUAGAGGUCGUUGCUGUGUUCGGAUCAGUACAAAUGGCGGCAUCUAGAUUAAUUAAUCUACAACAUCAUCGAAUCGCGCAAUGUCAAAGUGUUCAAAUUAGCAUAUUAGGUGACGAGGGUGUCCCUAUACAAGUAGACGGGGAAGCCUGGAUCCAACCGCCCGGUAUAAUUAGAAUAAUACACAAAAAUCGAAUGCAAAUGUUAUGUAGAAAUCGAUCGUUGGAAAAUUCCCUUAAAACUUGGGAGGAAAAACAACGACAAAGCAUAUCGGCUCAGGGCGCGAAACAUCGAGCUUCCAUAUCUCACGAUCUGAAACACAGACCUUCGUUACUUUCUCACGAUAAGGGUAGAUCGAGUUUGACUAGACAAAGUAUGCCGUCACAAGAGAAAUCGUUCCUCGGGGUUAACUUCGAAAAGAUUCGGCAACAUUCGUUUAGCGGCGCAGUGCCUACUAUGCAAACUCAGAAUAUCGAAAAAGAAAAGAUGACAGUGACGUUCCUUGAUACACCCUUACAGUCAGCGGAACCGGAUAUACUUUUCACCGAAGAGGAACAUCAUUUGUUAAUUAAUUUCAUUGAAUGCAUCGCCACUUUAACCAAAUGGAUCAAGAUUUUAGCAAUUAGUUACAAUUUUGAAAACGAUCUCUACACUCUCGCUAAAAAAAUCGAUACCGAAUUAGAAAAAUUGCAUCCGAACGGUAAACUUCUAACGGGUCCAAGUCUCCGCGAAGAAUUCACCAAAUUAGUAAACGACGUGAAACAAUUGUACGAAGAAAGUUGCGCCCUGUUACACGACAGAGGGGACAAACUGAAAUUAAGGGAUGAUCUCGCGAGCAAAUUAAGCGCCAGUUUAGCAAACGCCGAAUUAGAAUUAAGAAGAUGCGUCAUUUACGACACGUCCAUCGGUAGUUUGGUCUAUUUACAAGCCGUACAAAACCAGGAGCACAAACGCAAAGGGCAUUUCUGGUUGAAAUUCCGCAACAAAGGUUCCGGUUCUUUGCACUACUGCCAGAAGAACGAGGUGGCUUCUUGGGGUACCCAAGAAGUGGCCACUUGGUUGGAAACAUUACAACUUGCCGAAUACGUCGAAAGUUUCGUUAAAAACGACGUACGAGGUAGGGAAUUACUCACUUUAGCCCGACGAGAUCUGAAAGAUUUGGGAGUCACCAAAGUCGGACACGUCAAAAGAAUAUUACAAGCAAUUAAAGAUUUAACUCAAGGUUUAUAAAUAAUUAGAUUUUUAUAUAUGGGAGAAUAAUUCGAUGGCAUAAUUUCGAUACGGCCCACUGUAAACAAGUUAUUAACAUAAAUUUAGGCUAGGACUGUAUGGUGGCCACUCCAUAAUCCCAAAACCGAAAUCUCCAAUGCAUGUGCGUGACUUCGUGAAGUAAAUUCCUUUACAAUCUUUCCAAACCAAAAUUCUCCUCGAUUUAUCUACCAAUCGUUGAACCUCUUCUUAAUUGCACCCCACAUCACGCUCCAUAAACCCUUCGCUUUCCGAAGCAGUUAUCUCCGAGUCUUCCAUACAGUUUCCUUCUGUCUUGGGGUUCGGUUCGCUACCAUGGAGGUAUCUUCCGGUAAACGGAACAUUCCAAGGUCCGAUUCAGAUGAUCUUGCACGAAACGCGUGCUUUCCAAUGAGCUGGAUCAAGUUUUGGACCAUUCGUAGAUGAUUUAGGGGAUUUACUUGCGAUAAUCACGGGACUUUUUGUCUGUUCCAAGAUGAGUUGAGCGGUUUUUUUAGUGUUAUACAUUAAACCACUUGAACACUAUUGAGAUAUUUGUCAUUUUCUGUGGAAGAAAUACUGUGAAUAUACCGCCUGGUACUAAGAAAAAUUAUAUUUAAAUAAAUAUCAAACGAGUUUCGCCAAUUAUAAAAAAAUGUGAAGGACGCCGAUUAAAAAGCGCCGCGCGAAUUCUCCGAGUUUUUAAAUUUCCGUUGUAGCUGGACAGGACCGGCUUGGGGAUCCAUUUUACGAACUUGUAAUGUAGUUAAAGUUUACAGUGAGUCGAUUUUUAUGCACGCGAGUUUAAUUAUCAUUUUUUUUUUAUUAUAAUGUUCAUAAAAUGAUAUUGAAAAUCAAUAUUCUCCCAUGAAAUGAUCAAAAAAAUAAGUAUACCACACGAAUAUUUCAUUAUAAUUUGUUAUACUUGUUCAACAUUCGCUGUGAUUCUUCUCCAAUUAGAUUUUAAGGAUGUUUAAAUACAUU